UCUUCACUUCCGGGUUAGCGCCGGCGCAGACUGCUGUGGGAAAGAAUAUUUGACCUAUAUGAGAAGCCGUAGUCGGCCGGAGUGCGAGCCGAGGUGGAUUAUGGGAAAAGAUGGCGGCCGUUGCUCACCCCCAGGUUGUCCGCGCUCUGCCAAUGUCACGUUCUGCCAUUGCUGCAGUAGCCACAUCUGCAUUUCAUGGCCCGCCUUACCGCCGACUCCAUCACGCAGUCAUCCCUCAUGGUAAAGGUGGGCGUUCCUCUGUCAGUGGGAUUGUGGCCACUGUAUUUGGAGCAACAGGAUUCCUGGGACGAUAUGUUGUCAACCGCCUUGGACAGAUGGGGUCACAAGUGAUCCUGCCCUAUCGAUGUGAUACUUACGACAUCAUGCAUCUUCGGCCCAUGGGUGACCUGGGCCAGCUUACCUUUCUGGAAUGGGAUGCAAGAGACAAAGAUUCUAUCCGAAGAGCAGUACAGUACAGCAAUGUGGUCAUCAACCUUGUCGGACGAGACUGGGAAACCAGAAACUUUGAUUUUGAGGAUGUUUUUGUGAAGAUUCCCCAAGCAAUAGCUCAAGCGUCUAUGGAAGCUGGAGUUGAAAAACUCAUUCAUGUUUCUCAUCUGAAUGCUGACAUUAAAAGCACUUCUAGAUACCUGAGAAGUAAGGCUGUUGGAGAGAAAGAAGUAAGCGAUGCAUUUCCAGAAGCCACUAUCAUAAGGCCAUCGGACAUCUUUGGAAGAGAGGAUAGAUUCCUCAAUCAUUUUGCAAAUAUUCGUUGGUUUAUUGGUGUGCCUCUUGUUUCCUUGGGCUUGAAGACGGUGAAGCAACCGGUAUAUGUUGUUGAUGUAGCAAAAGGAAUUAUUAAUGCAGUUAAAGAUCCAGAUGCCAAGGGAAAAACCUUCGCCUUCGUUGGGCCUAAUCGGUACCUCCUCUUUGACCUCAUGCAGUACAUCUUUGCUGUGUCUUACAGACCCUUUUUUCCAUACCCUGUUCCUCAUUUUGCCUAUCGAUGGUUGGCAAGGCUCUUUGAGAUGAGCCCAUUUGAGCCCUGGACAACGAGAGAUAAAGUAGAGCGGAUUCACAUCACAGACAAGAUACUGCCUCACCUGCCCGGCCUAGAAGACCUUGAUGUUCAGGCAACACCACUGGAGCUCAAGGCCAUUGAGGUGUUGCGGCGCCAUCGCACUUACCGCUGGCUGUCAUCUGAACUUGAGACCGUGAAGCCUGCCAAGACCGUCAACUUUUAGUGGCCCUGCACAGCCCUUCAUUUUGGUAUCACUUGAGUUGUGUGGCUCUCAUAAGCCUGUGUUCUUUAGAGGAUCUUGUACAGAGUGCUAAGAUCCUUCUAUUAAAACAUCUGAGGUUAGCUCCUGCAGCAUUCUCUUUCUUGAUUUGUAAAAGAAAAAUUCCCAGCCAUUUAGAACUUGAGCAUAAUUUUCUUUAAAUACAUGUGUAUAUAUUUAGUGAUGACACGUCAUUUUUUUCUCUGAAACACUGAAGGGUUUGAAUUUCCCUAUCUGAGUCAAGCUACUUAUAGCGUAUGUUCUAGAAGACUAGCCCUCCCAAAGUCAAAAUAUUGUGAUGAUCCGAGGUGAUGUAUAGUUUUCUCCAAUUUAAAUGGAAAAAUGUACAGUGUCUUUAACUAAUCUGAAUUUAUUCAUACUUUAAACGGUGCUACACAUGAAGUAUCAUCAGAAUAUACAGUGACUAUUUAAAUUUAAUGUCUGUGUAGCAGUAAAAGGCACAUUUUAAUUAAUCUCCCCGCACAGUACUGUCCCUUCGUUUUGAACUCUUUGUCCUACCAUUUUUGCCACUUUCUAAAGCAGUUUUGAUCAAAACACUGUGAAGCCAGCUGUUGAGUGCUACCCAGCAGAAGGCAGACUCCUUCAUUUCAUUGUGUCCUCAUCUGCAUAUUCAGUGAAUCUGGCACCAUGCAGUUUCGGACUCCUUCUCAAAGUUAAAAUGACCACUAAAGUAAACAUGUGGAAUCGAGUCAGGACAUUGAGGCAGCCAUGACAGUGUAAUGAAAGACAUGAAAGAGGACUUCCAGAACUGCUUCAGAAUGUGGCAGGGAUGAUGGAAGACAUCUGUUUUAGGCAAGAGUGUUCUGUAAGAGAUUAGUGGCUGUGUGUCUGUCACUGUAUUUACCUUUUAAACUUGGACAUUCACCAUAUUUUUUGAUCUCACCUUUGUAGAUGUGGAUUCUCAGAUCCUUACUAUCUUGGAAGUGAGCUAUCUAAGGCUUCCUGCCUAUUCUGUUAGGACCAAUGUAGAUUAUUCCAGGCACUUAGGUAUAGAGAGAUUCUUUUCCCUGUAAAACAGAUGCUUCAACCUCUUUGUCAGUGAUGCGAGUGCUUAGAGAUCAGAACUUUUGGUUUAAGUUGUUACUUUGCAUCCAAGAUCUAGGAAACACUUUGUUUAUUGUUGGCAAAUCCCUCAGUACUGUAUGAUUAAACCUGUCCAUAAUCUGUGGCGAAGCCAACACAUUGCUAUCCUACGUACGUUCUCCACUGGAUUUCAGCUCCCUGAUCUGUAGAAUGAGAAGGUCCCUAAAACCCUGUCUGGGCACAGUAACAUACAUGUUGGAAGUGAGUUCUGAACCUGCCCACUCUAUAUCUCCAAGAUCUUUUGUCCUGGAGUGAGCAACAGUGUAGCCUGUGCAUCUGUUGCAUCAGCAUGAUAGCAGCUUUGUGAGUUUGUUGGGAAGGUCAGUGCCAUAUCCCAGGAAUGCUGGAACAGAAUCUGCAGUUCCUGGGUAUCCAGGAGGCCCGUGUGCCCAUGUGAGCGUGAGAAGCAGUGCUACUGAAAAGAGCUGCCGAAGGGCGUGUGUAGCCCAUGCUAAUGAUCUGUGUUGCUGAGUGUUAGAACCUCAGGAAGCAGGGCCGGUGAUUCUGUGUUUUUAGACAUGCAGUUUAUUCUUGUGCACACUAACAUGUAAGAAUCAGUGUACUGGGACGUGGAGCCCAACUCAGCUUCAUGCAUUUUUCUUCAGAAUAGAUAUCUCUUUAUUUUGGAUAAGACCUUUGCUGGCCAUAAGUAAUCAGCAGAUGCACAGAAUGGGAGAUUUGAUUUGAAAACAAAUAGUAGAGCUAUGGGGAAUAGUAUCAUUUCCUAAACAUUUUUCUUAUCUCUGAAUUGUAUCAUAAUCAACACUCUGUUUUCUUUCUCCAAAACUAAUUCAGCCAGCAUAUAUUUUCUUUCUUAUCACAUGUAAUGUCCCAUUUUAUAACAGGUAUUUUAUUGUGCCCCUUUUUUUACCUGAAAGGAAAAUUAUGGUUACAUAUGUAAUCACCUACUUAUGCAAUCAAAAUGAAAGGAAAGUAGUACACAAUGAGAUGACCUAUAUGUAGGUGUGUGGACACAACGACAUGGAGGGCACAGUGAGGUUUCAGUUGCUCGCAUCUGCGUGGGCCAGUCUCCUGCAUGCCAUAGCAACAGUUGCAGAUGGCUUUGGUGCUGGAGUUGGUGAUGUGGCCUCUCAAUGUUGUGAAUGGUGUUGGUGCCAUACUGGCAGUUGAAAUAGUAAAUUACUUCUCAUAAAGUUUAGAAAAGCACUAUAAUUGUCUUAGUCAUUCUCUUAUUACUGUGGCACACACAGGACACCCACAGCUUAAAGGCAGAGAGAUUUAUUUUGGCUCACGCUUACAGUCCAUGUUUGGCUGGCUUUCCAAGGGAGAACAUGGUGUGGUAGAAGGGCCAGGAAGGAAGAAGCUGCUCACUUAGUGGUCCGGAAACUGAAGGAGAAGGGAAGGGCCCAAAGGAAAAGUCACCCUUCUAGUUUAUGUCCCAGUGACCUACUUCUUGCAUCCAGACUCCACCUUAACAGCAAGUUAGGUGUGUCAUCCCCAUGACUUAGUCACCUCCCAAAGGCUCCAUUUGUAAGCACAAGAGGCCUUUGGGGACAGUUUUUAUUUAAACCACACCAAUAACCCUCCCUAGAUUUACAUGAUGAUUGCAUUCUUAGAAAACUAGCUUGUAUUAAACUCAUCAAAGAUCCCUUAUAUUUAUAAAAUGUGGAUUCUAAGUUUACAUGACCAUCAGUUGGUUUUAAAAAGCUCUGUGCAGUGUUUCACUUCUUCAUUUCCAUAUUCUGCACCAUAUAUGUUACCAUUCCUGGUUCCCACCCACCACAUGUGAAACAAAGCUCUUCAAAAGUGCAUAUUCCAGUACCUGCUUACAGUGAGGAUGUCAGCUGCUAAUGUUACUAUCAUGAAUGGCCUUGUGCGAGAUGAUAGGCCUAUAAGGAGGAACAUGACAAGCAUAACUCAUUCCCACUGACUUGAACCACCAGUGGUAUAUGCAUGACUGUCCCAUCAGAGAAUUUGUGCCACCCAGUUGGACUGUCUGAGGCUACCAAGUGGGGCAGUCAGCAUAGGCCACCUUUUUAUCAGAGCUGCUUAGUACAUACAGAAUAAAACAUACAAAUUGCUAUCCCAUCACGAACAUGUUAAUGGCAGGAAACUGAUAGAAACAGUCAUUAUUAUAUCUCAGUGUAGACUUUAGAUUUCCUAGAGGGCAGUUAAUUAUAGUGAAAUUUUCAAAUUAUGUAAUUUAUUGAAGUAAUAAAAUUAAUAUUUAAACUUCUAAAAACCACAAGUUUGAUUAUUUAUGAAUCUAGUACAUUUUGCAAUUGCUUCUAAGAAGUUAUCAUGAGUUACUUAAAUUUUUUAAAGAUGUUUUAAACUGCACUUUUAUUUCAUUUUAAUUUUUUGCAAAAUGUGAAACCUAUUUACCUUUAUUCUUUGCUUAAUCUUACCAGUCAUCUAGCAGGACUUAAUAGAUGCCUUUCCAAGAGACAUAGACUAAGAUGUGUUUAUAUAACUUCAGUAAACUUCAGCACAGUAGUAAUGAGAGAUGCGGAAUUCUUUGGUAUGGGUCAAAACAACAAGGAAGGAAGUCAUAGGAAAGAAUAAAUUGAAACUGUUACAACUGAGAAACUACUUGUUAUAUUUUACUGUGAUGUCACUUUCAUUUUCAGAUAAGCAUGAUAGCAUAAGUCAAGCUCAAUAAAUUAGAAAUCUUCAUCUUUAAAUUUACCUUGACUUUGAAUCAUUACCAUAUUAAAAACCAGAACAGUUAGAUAAACAUAUAGGAAAGGGUACUAUUAAACCACUUGCUGGAGUUGGUUGCUGGAUGCAUUGACUUGUUUUGUAGAAAAGAAAUGGUGCAUCUCAGUUUGCUUACAAGCUAGGAGAUCACUUUGAAUUCUGCAUUUCCUAACUGCAAACAGAAUAUGGCACAAAGGAUAUAAAUAAACUGGUUUUUAAGCUGAGAGCCAGCCCCAACAAUAGUACGCUAUUUUAAAAGACCUAAGGCAAUGAAUUCCAUUUCCAGUGGAAGAAAAGAACUAUACAAACAAGCUAAACUACACUUUUAAAUUUAACUAGUUUUUUGAAGUUUUAUAAUCCUUAAAGACUCUAGUAAAGUCUUUAAGUAAAUGAAUUAAUUGUCUAGGUAGUGAUCUUAAAAGCUAACAAUGAUUAUAAACUUAUUAACAUGCCUAACCUUUUCAACUUAAUUUUUAAGUUCUAGUUUAAUGUAUAUUUUACUUUGGAAUAGGAUAAAUCUGUUAGACUCUCAAAUCCAGAUUUCUUGCAUGUUACAAAUACUUUAAAUAAUAUUCUGGGAUACAUAUUGGGAGAUUCUUUUCAUGAUAAAGAGGAAUGAAUGGAGCUUCUGUUUGGAGGGGCUGUUCACACAGGGGUGUCAGGCACACCCUCCCUGAGCUACAUUCACAGCUCGCACCCUCUGGAUUCAAGCUGUACAAAACCUCCUCCUCACACCUGGCUUGACCCUGCAAUCCUGCACUUCCAGCCAGUUCCCAUUGCAUUUCCAUAUAUUAUUACACUUAGCAUUAAACCUAUGUACCUUGAAAAAUCUCUUUGCCUUCUGAUUCUACUCUGAAUUCCUUCCACAAAGGUGAGGUGCCUUGCUAUAUAUCUAGGCCUUCUCGUAUAUAUCCCUCAGCUUUGCUAGACCUUUAUUAAACUCUUUAUCCUAAAAGCAAGUACAAGUUGUAUCCUGGAAGCUUGUAUAUGAAAAUGCCUGCAAAGAGCAGAGAGUAGUAUAAGGAAGAGCUCAGAUGCUGAAAGUUCAGGGCAAACUCCAUUGAAAAUGAAUUUUUAAAGCUGCAUUUUGAAGGUAACAAGUGAACUUUGUAUGUUUUGUGUGUGUGUGUAUGUGUGUGUGGAGUAGCUGUCAUUCCUGAAAGGCAGGGAGAGACCUCUGUUUUAUAAAUGAUGAAAACAAAGACUUAGAGAAGAUAAAUUAUGUCAAAGAGCCAAGUUCAUUUUCUGGCCUAGAUCUGUCUCUACAAAACUCAUGUCUAGUUCCAGCAAGGAGGAAGCUCAGAAGAAAAGCUUUACCUCCUUUUCUCCUCCUCUUCCUCCUGCUAAGUUUUUUUUUCUUUCAGUAUAAGGGAUUGAACCCAGGGCCUUCACACUGACCUACAUCUCAAGUCUUUUUCAAAUUCGAGAGCUUCUCACCGAGUUGCUAAAUUGUGUCUGGACUCAGACUUGUAAUUCUCCUGCCUCAUCCUCCCAGAGUGCUGGAGUUCCAGGUGGACACUAGCACACCCAGCUCAGACUUGCAUUUCUGCCAGGUUUCAGUGAAGGGGAGUUGGGAUGGGCUGGAAAAUAUGCUGGAGAAAGCUUUCCUGUGCAGGGAAGAUCCAAGAGAGGAUGCGGUAAGAGUCCUCAGUUGUUGUGACAGUUGAAAGUGUCAAAGAAAGACAAGCCCAGAUUUAGUGAAGAGAUUUUUGUUUGACAAGAUUACUGGUGGAGAGAUGGGAAGGAUUGUUUUGGUGCAGGAGGGAAGACAGAAUGAGCCGAGAGGAUUGUGAGUUUAAGACCAGCCUGUCUCAGGCAUCCUGUCCAAAGAGAGAUCAUGAUGCUUAACAUUAGGAAGAAGCCUGUCUCAAGUUUUGUCAAGCUGAGGGAAAUAUUACAGCCACUGUCUUGAUCAGAGGUACCAAAGUUUUAAGUCCCUCAGGGUGAGGAAACCGUAAUCCCAGCAGAGGAAGGACCACCAUCAUGCUUUCCCCUCAAGUACCUGAAGAACAGUGUGUAUUCAAAUGACACACUUUGCCUAUUACAGUGAAAGGAACAAAGACAGCAGUGUACAGUACCUUUGUAAUCAUCUAUUAGGGCUAGGCCCAAAAUUGUCCCUGCACAGCACAGUGAGAUCUAAGGUCAUCUGGUGUGCACAUUUGUCCUAAGUGGCCUGCAAACACCACAGUGUCAUUCUGAACCCAGCUUGCCACAGCCGGCCACCCACUGAUCACAAAGUAAGACCAUUUCCUGGAACAUUUUUAAGCUCUAACCACAGUAACCACAUGAAAGUAAGACUUGACUGAGAUUAAAAAUUUCUUUCUUUAAUUUAUUUUGAAAAUAUAUGAUUAAAUCCCCUGGAACAAUAGUGUGCUUCCAAGAAAACACCGAAGAGAACAAAGAAUAUGUUUUGCAACAGUGAAGCCAUUCCAAGGUGACUUCUAAGAUGAACUGUGGCAGAUGAUCACCAUGGAAACAGCAAAGCUAAUCACUGAUUCCCUAAGCUGGCAAGUCAUUGUCACAUGCACAAAAAACGCAAGUUGUGACUUGUAUACUACCACCUAACCUCUUAUCCGCCCUCUCCCACAAGGAUGUACUUACCUUUGAAAUAAAGUCUGCUUUUGCUUUCACAA